UUCUCAAAUCUCAAAACCACUAGAUUUUUGGGUCAAAAAGACAUCGUGUACACUUUCCCAACUUGUUGCCGUACUCUCUCCUCUCCAUCAUCUUCAAUUCAGAAACACAGAACUGCAGCAACACUGCUGUCCAUACCUCCAUUAUUCAUUUUUUAUAAGCUUCCAAAUAAAUCCCACUAAUUAAAGUUUUCAUCUUUAAUCCAACUCUUCUUCCCACUAAUCAAUUCUACAAUUUGCUCAAAAUAAAGACUCAAACUUUUAGUCUUUUAUUUUAUUGUAGUUCCAUUUUUGCAAGCAAGCUCAUUUAAAAAAAUAUAUAGUUUAGUCAACUUUUGCUUUCAGAAUUGAUAAUUUUGUUAUAAAUUCUGAUCUUUUCAAUGGCUUCCUUAGCAUCAAUCCCUCAAACCCAAUUAUUUUCCAAAAAACCCAUUUUGAAUUCAAAACAAAUCAACCCAAUUCAUAGAUUUUCCUCCAUUUUCUUCCCAAGAAGAACCUUAAGUCAUAGUUUUGGAUCAAUGGAUGGAAUUACGAAAGUGCCCCUGAGGGCUGCUGUGAGUCCUGUAACUGCUGCAGCAGAAGUGAAGAAGGGUUUUGUGGAGGAGAUGAGAAGGGUGGCAAUGAAGUUGCAUACAAAAGAGCAAGCUCCUAAGGAGGGAGAGAAGGUGGCAAAAGGCCCUGAAGAGAGGUCUCCUGCUAAGUGGGACCCAACUGUUGAAGGGUACUUGCAGUUUCUUGUUGACAGUAAGUUGGUUUAUGAUACUAUGGAGAGGAUUGUUGAUGAGGCUACUGUUUCAUAUUAUGCCGAGUUUAGGAACACGGGAUUGGAACGAUCACAGAGUUUAGCAAAAGAUCUGGAGUGGUUCAAAGAACAAGGUUAUUCUAUCCCUGAGCCUUCUGAGCCCGGUGUUACAUAUGCUAAUUGCCUUGAAGAAUUAGCUCAGAAGGAUCCUCAGGCAUUCAUUUGCCAUUUCUAUAAUGUAUAUUUUGCGCACUCUGCUGGUGGCCGCAUGAUCGGAAGGAAGGUUUCGGAGAAGAUAUUGAACAAAAAAGAGUUGGAAUUCUACAAAUGGGACGGUGACCUUACCCAGUUGCUCCAGAGUGUGAGGGAGAAGCUAAAUAAAGUAGCUGAAAGCUGGACAAGAGAAGAAAAGAAUCACUGUUUGGAAGAAACCGAGAAAUCGUUCAUGUACUCGGGUCAAAUCCUGCGUCUUAUAUUCACAUAAAGUGUGAACUGUGAAGCUGCUUCUUUCUGGGUUUUUCUCGUAGUGUUGUAGCUCCUCCAAUGUCAUCAGUCAUCACCUGUUUAUAUCACUCAAAAAAAGUUUUCAUUGUCUAAUUUGUUUUCGUUAGACUCUGUAUGAAAACUCUGAUCGAAUGAAUGUCCAUAUAUCAAAAUUCAGGUUCCACUAA